CCAUGGUAUCUGCAGAGAAUGGAUGGCUGACUCCCACAAUUUCCAGCCCCCCGACAACCCUUCAUCCCCGCACUUCCCCCGGCCGCAAUCCAGUUCAUCCCGUUCCUCAAAACCUAGAUCAUCGAUCGGAUCUACGUCCUCGCGAUCCAGCCACAGCAGAUCCUCGUCUGCGGGAUCCAUCGGCGCAAAUAGGGGAUCAAUCAUCCGAUCUUCCUCGAUCGGUUCCAAAUCUUCCAAUUCUUCUGGCGGAUCAAUCUGGUGUGACAGAUCAGACAGCGUCGGAGGAUCGCAAAAUUCCAAAAACGAGUCAUUCGACGUCGACGGAAACAGACGACGAGCUCACUGCGCAGACGUUGUCAUCGAUUGCAGCGGCAAUCUCGACAAUCAGGGAGAUAAGGAGGCAAUCCCAAACAAGCGAAUCGAUCCCGACCUCAAAAAUCGAGCAUUCCUCUAUCCCGUCAAUCUCAACCAUCAUCAAGGAAUUCGAGGAGGAGUCCCAAUUAACCGUAACUACCUCAAAAACAAAGACUCCGAAGUCAAUCCCAGAACACUCGUCGACAAAAACCCGCGCUCCGGACAGUACCUCAUUGAGUCUGAACUCAACGUUUUACCUGCCGAAACCUUCGGAUUCGACCACAGUCCCGCCUGCGCUUGUAAAAGCUGCAGAACGCGAGACCACGGCAUCGUUUCCCCAACCCUCCGUCAUCUCCAGCACCACCUUUUAUCGCCCUCCUCCAUCACCAACCGCAGAACAACAAACACAAUUUUCGACCCAACUCUUGUCGUCAACGACAAUUUCAUUCUCGGAACCGUCCUCGACACCUCCCCAGACAACCAUCACAGCCACGUCGGCAGCUCCUCAUCCUUCAGACCUACAUUUCCGUCAGUCUACAGAAAUCCCCGUGAUAUUCAUCAAGACGGGCGAGACGGCGUCUCGUUCGAACGAGAAUCUGUUAGACUCUCUACUAAAUUCGCAACAGGAGCAACAACUUUUUCCUCGACGGCAGACGAAACACAAGGAUUUGCCAGAACCGUAUAUGCAACAACGGCAAAAGGAACAAAACUUGGGAAUAAAACUGCCAAGCUCAAGCAUUUUCCACGUAAAUUUGGAUCCGAAGAUACAACAAGAACCUUUAUUACAGUCUCCGAACAUUCCGAACAGUCGCCUCAGGCCGACCAUUCAACAACAACAUCAGCAUCAGCCACAACAGCUGCCCGACAAACAAAAGAAACAGGAGGAUUCAAGUAUUUUUCACGUCCCAUUGGAGUCGGAGACUCCAAGCCUAACGACAGGUGUGGGAGGCAACGAAACUUUAUUGUCAGUGGCGACCAGAGUUUCAACAACAACCCAGGACUGCACCUCAAGGUUUUCCCCUCCGAUUUUCCCCCUGACUGCCCCGAGUCUCUUGACGACUUUCCGCUCACAAACGCCUGCCAAAACGACCGUGUUCUACGACUCUCCCGUCAUCGCUCCUGUGCCUGCCAAAGUACGGUGAUAAAUAACAGUGAAUCGUGUCCAUUUAAUUUGCACACAAGCUACUCAAAUACUAAUAUUACUCAUUCAUGUGCUUCUCCUCACAUUAGUGAAUAUAGUUGUCGUACCACGCGCUGUAGUGGAAAUAACUGCUUUGGUAGCAAGCCUGUCUCUCGGGACUCUUUGGUCGUAGUUGGGUCUUCCUGUAGCGCUGAAUCUAACAUCGCUUAUUUCGACUAUAAAAAGCUCAGUGAAGAAGUGUCCGUGAUGAGUUAUUCCAACUCUAACUGCAUCACUGCCUCUACUAAUGCAACUUCACUGUCAACUACUGACCAUUUUUCCCCUCAAGUUCACCCAGACCAAUACUCGCACAAUUCGUCUCAGUUCCAAAAACCUGAGAUUUCUUCACUCAUGUCUGAGAAUGAAUUGGCGGCACAAACCAUCUCUAAUCGCAUUCAAAAUAUCCAGCCUCUUGCUGAAAAAGAUCUGGGACUUUUACUACAAAAACCCUCUGAUCGUAUUCAUCAUUACCAAUCUCAUGCUGAAAACCAUUCUGAAUACCGCCGACAGGUUUCCGAUAUUUGUUUAGAGCCUCCAUUAUAUAAACAACAAUUAGUCGUCAAAUUGCAGCCACAUCAACCUCAGCCAAAACAAAACCGCCCGAUGUUGCGAGAAGAGCGAUGUGCAAUGUUGCGAACAUCGCCCUGCUGCGAUGUGCGGAAUGUUGGAUAUGCCACGGAUGUUGGUGCUGCUUGUGACACUGACUUGGGUGAAGAUUCUGGUUCUUCUCAGGCGUCAGGCGGCAGCAGCGGCAGCAGCAGCGGCGGGAGCUUCGCGCCCUGCGAGAUCAGCCUGGAGGAGCGCCUGCUGCAGGCCGCGCCUAUCUGGUACCUGCCUGACCUGCACCGCCUGGGCGCCGUGCAUCUGCUGCAGGCGCAGCGUGUUGGGAGUUUCAUCGUGCGCCAGAGCAGCAAGCCCAACACUCUCGCCAUCACCGUACGCCUGCCACCCAAUAAAGGCCCUCACAUCGAACAUUACCUUAUCGAAGUUCACCACUCAAAUAAUAACAAACAAACUGACAAGAAUCUCAACCAACAAACUAACCAUGAACACGAUCUCCUCGAUAUACUUAAUACAUCACGUGAACCCAGUGACCCCGCCAAGCUAACGACGUCUGACGUAAAGGACGUCACGAAUAAUUCGUGUACCGUCAAGUCGAGUUCGACGUCGUCUUCUACGUCGUCAAGCAACGUCGUGACGUAUUCCCUUGAGGCGUCGGAGAACAGAUUUGAGAGCGUGUCGGCACUUAUCGCUCGCUAUGCUGCUUGUUGCGACGAGCUGCCGGUGCAGCUGCGGCUGCCGGCGCGGCUGGAGGAGGCGCGUUCACGUAAAGAGCUGCACUCACUCGCGCUGCUGGGUCAAGAAUACUGGCGCACGGUUGGGUCUGUGCACAGCUCCGCAGUUUCAGGUUCUGCACACGCGGACCAGCCGCGGCCUCCCCAGCCGUCCGCACUCUCGCACUCAGAUUCCUUCAAUCGGCCCGCGGAGCAAAGUUCAGUUUUAUUCUCAAGUUUCGGUAAAAGAGAAAAGUCGGCCAGUAACGGAGAUCUUUUAUCACCUCUACUGUGUACUUCCGAGACCUCACCGCUACCUUCCCUAGUGUCGCUGCAGUCUGCGGGCGGUGGUCUAGUGCCAGACCUUAAUACUCUAGACCACCCGGAGAAUAAAUCAAGGAUUCAGCCUCCACAACCUUUGGAUCGUUCUUCCCUUCACUUGAAUCUCGCUCCUCUUGAUGAGAUUCUCAAAGAACCCCCGACGUUUUUAUCUUUCAAAGGUGGAAGUCAAAACUCAACUCCCGUGUCGAAACCUCAACCGCCUCCUCGAGUGAGCCCUUCGAACAUGUCGGCCGUGUAUACACCCUCUCUCAUCCACCCUCCUGCACUUGUACACACACCAACCAUCGCCCACACACCCACACUCACCACCACUGGUUUACUGCAGUCACCCACCAUCGUUCACCUGCAGUCGUUAGGUGGGAUACUCUCACCCACAUCGGGCGGCCCUCCAUCUAGAUUUGGGUUCACCAAAGGAACCAAAACCUCUGGUAAUCCUCCUUUACCUCCGCCUCGUUGGUCAAAGUCUACUAUUGCUACUGCAAAUCCAACUGGAACGAUCACUACCACGCUUUUUUUCCCACUAAACAUGGCGAAAGAAACCCCAGGACAAGUUCCCAGUUCUGUCCAGUUAGCUGCUGAAGACAACUCACCGAAUGACGUCGGAUCGCAGAAACGUGUCCAUGAAGUUAUGGAAUCCUGUGAAUUAUUGCACCAGGUUUCUAAAACUAAACACAUUACAUGCGUUCAAAAACAAAUCGAAGUUUCUUCCCAUGUGGUUUCAUGUCUCCCACAGCCAGUUUUUGAGUCUAGCGGCCAUUGUCCAGGAUCCAGCAGGAAUAGGGAUCAACUCGAUCUUCGAAUCCGUCAGAAUUUUGCGUCUCCUCAGAGUACGCCUUGCACGCCGUGCAACCCCACGACGCCCCUCAGUACUCCCAUGAGUGAAGAAGGUGGGGAGAGUCGAGCCAAACUCAGGAGGUCCCACAAGGACAGGCGAAGAUAUUCUAAUCAUUACCACGACGUGAACGUCAUCGACAACCUACAGUGCUACCGGUCCUCAUUGGCUGACAAAAUUAGUGAUUAUGAAGAUCUUUGGUCGAGUCCACCACGAGAAAUUCCUUCUUCGCCAACUUCAAAGGAAUGCACGAGUCCCAAAAAGAUGUCAAGGAAGUCAUCAUUUAAGCCUAACACCGAAAUAUCAAAAUCUUUAGGAGAUUUGAGUGAUGUAUCUCAAACUAAAUCUUCAAUUUUUGCGUGUGAUGACAUGGAUGAUGUUCGGAGACGAACAGAAGCCAACGGGAACAGUUUUGAUUCAAUUCCUUUUCGUAACACGAACAGCCCUUUUUACGUGGAGCCAGCGGACUGCAUCCGAGACGAGGAGAAGAGAGCGAGGAUUAAGAAGACUCCAUCCAAUAGAAUCUUGGCUCGUAGGGUUGCCAAUAGAUAUUCCGAUUCCAAUAUCCAGUGGAAAUCAAAACAAAAUGCAAAAUUCGUUAGUAAAAUCGAUACUUGCGAGAAUAUGAACGGUUUUUCUAGCAGUGCUGAAAACAUUCUACUAGCCGUUGACAAAGAAAACCGGGAUGACUUGAUGCUGAGGAAACCAAGCAAGAACGUUCGCGGUUCCCGGAGCAAACCUGUCGUUCCUCCUAAAGUUUCAGCGGACAGUUUGUCGCCGGGAACUUCAGAUGAUGCGAAUGUCAACAACAGACCUCCAUGGCGGCUGGAUUACUCUUGGCGUUACCAACCGUGCGAGGUGGACGAUAAUGGUUCAAAGAACGCAAACUCUGGCUCACCAAGUAGCGAUGCUCGAUUUCCCUUGCUUGAAACUCAUGGCGAGUGCGAUAGUUUGAUUGUUGGUGAGAAAACUGUAAUUGAUUUGAUCACUGAAAAGUUGCCAGACCUGCCAAUGCCAGACACGCAAUCGAUCUCCUUGAGCGCCGUGACUAAAUUAUCAGAGUACGACAACGUGGCAGGCCGAUAUUGUGGGUCUCGUUCGAAUAAUAACAAUAAGAAAGACUCAAACAUGAAUUAUCAGGCAAAAACACCUUCUCCGGUCGCUCCCUGUUUGUCUUCGAGUAUUAGUGAUUCUGGAACAGAAUUUUCGGAGCCUUGGGACUCCAGAAAAUGGGACUCUUUGCUCCAAACGGAUGACGAAUCUUCAAUUGAACCCAUCAGCCUUUCCGGCACACCGGCGCGUCCGCAACUCGCUGACUGGGAACGAAGAAUCAGCGCGGAACGGAACCAAGCGAACCGGGAAUCUGGCGCGGGCAGCGAGGAAGAUUGCGGAUCCGUGACAGGGAUGCCUGUAUUUGCGCUGCCUCAGAACAGAAUCAUGGAUUCCAGCAUUCGUUCCAAAAUCCUUUCACCGCAACUUUUAGCUUUACGUCAUCGCAAGGACGCGGAAAGCGGCAACGCCAUCCGCGAAUAUUCCCUGCAGCUUGGCUCGGACAAAUCCUCGAUGUUUGCACAGAACAUCGAGCAGUUCAUUAAGUGUACGCUGGAGACGAGCGAGAAGGACCCCGAGGUUGUAGUGCGUAACGUACGACAGUUCAUGUCGGGUAUGAAGAACUAUCUCGUCACCAGCGGCGAGAAGCAGUUCGAAGAUAUCGUUAAGAAGGAGCGAAGCAAUUUGAAAGCUACGGAGUUCCUUAACAUGGACGCUAUUCUCGAAGACGUUCUCGUACGUCUGGUGCUACGUCGUCUAUGGCACCACAUCACGACGCUCUACGUCAACGCUUACUCUGCUAACGACUCCAUACAACGUCUGGCUAACAACAUGACGUUAGCGCGAGCCUUGCAACCUGUGAAACUCGGCAUCAGGGCCGGUUUGCUGCCCCCAAAGGGUGCCGUGCUGGAGCAACUCAAGCGCCUGCUGGUGAAGAUGCAACGCGUCUACGCGCCCAGGGAGAAGCUUGAGCUCCUGCUGACUACCAUAUCUCUCAUCUACCACACGUUAUCGGAAACCUCCGUUCCGUUCACGGGAGAUGCCGACGACCUUGUCCCGAUGAUCAUGUGGGUUCUCAGCCACACUGGGUUUUUCUCAGCGGAAAUCGAGGCAGACUACAUGUCAGGUUUGCUGCUCACCUCAGCGAGUUGCGGAGAAGCGAAGUAUUAUCUUACAGCCUUCCACUCAGCCAUCCACUCACUGAAGCAUCUAGCUCCUUCCCCUGACUCGACACCGGGCAAUAGUUUGGACUCGGUGAAGCAAGAUAUUUCGGUUAUUUCUGAACCCGGCACGCUAAAAAUUGUCGUACCGGACGAGAAGAACGGAAGCAUCGUGACGCGCACGCUGCCGGUGCGGCCAACGACCACCACGCGGGAGGUAUGCAAGAUGAUGGCACACAAGAUGCGAGUCACCAACCCUCAGGACUACGGCCUCUACAAACUCGUUGAUGGCUAUGGUGAAUAUUGCGAGUCUGUGCUCGGGGACAACGAGUGUCCGCAGAGCGUCCGCAACGAGCUCAGCCACUCCGGUCAUCACUGCAUCAUCGCAUUCAAGCGCACCGACGCUAAAAUAGCGUGGCCAAUGGUCAAGGAGUGAAGAAUUCGUGCAAUAAGAUGCAUAGUAAAAUUAUUUGUGCUCGGGAUAAUGAAGAAUAUAUCUGCUCUGAAUACUGAGAAAUGUAUCUACUCUGCUUACUAGAAAUAUGCUUCAGCUCUGCAUAUUUAAAAAUAAAUCUUCGGUGGAUAUAAAAAGUGCCCCUGUUCUGGAUAUUAUGAAAUAUGUCAGCUCUUGAUAUUGCAAAAUACACCUGCCCUAUUUUUUGAUGAGAGCUCGUUAUUUUUCGUUAAUUGAGCUAUAGAUUUCAUUUUGCUAGGUAUAUAGUUUAUUUAAACGAUGAAUAAUGUGUACUUCGUAACAAAUUUUCUUUUUGUAUACGUGCUUAUUAUUCUUUUUCCUUUAUUUGAAACGUUCAAGUAGUCAGCACAAAAUUUCAUUUUUAAUGUCGAGCAAUUUUACAUAUUUGUGAUAAGUAGGUAUGUUGCUGUGAGUGCAGACUGCUGGUGCAAGUUGAAUCUGUGAGCGCAGGCUGUUGGUGCAAGUUGAAUCUGUGAGCGCAGGCUGCUGGUGCAAGUUGAAUCUGUGAGCGCAGGCUGCUGGUGCAGUUGAAUCUGUGAGCGCAGCCUGCUGGGGCAAGUUGAAUCUGUGAGCGCAGGCUGCUGGUGCAAGUUGAAUCUGUGAGCGCAGGCUGCUGGGGCAAGUUGAAUCUGUGAGCGCAGGCUGCUGGGGCAAG